AUGGAGAAAGGGUCUCCAUGCAUGGUCUCUACAGUCUCUAAAGUUGGAGGACCACCGAUACUCUCUGCUAUGCAACUCAAGAAAGGGUUCAAGAAGGGAGAGAUUACAUAUUUGGCCCUAUUACAAGAUGAGUCAACAUCUGAAAGAGAAGACGUUCCUCCCAAAAUCAAGGAAGUCCUUGAAGAAAAUAAGGAUAUGAUGCCUCCCGAGUUGCCAAAACAACUACCACCUAGGAGGAAGGUGGACCACAAGAUUGAAUUGGAGUCAGGAGCAAAGCCGCCCGCCUCAACACCUUAUUGGAUGGCACCGCUAGAACUUGAAGAGUUGAAAAAGCAACUCAAGGAUUUGCUAGAUGCUGGAUUCAUCCAUCCAUCGAAGGCACCUUAUGGCGUACCCGUCUUGUUCCAAAAGAAGCAUGAUGGUUCAUUGAGACUAUGCAUCGACUAUCGAGCACUGAACAAGGUAACCAUCAAGAACAAAUACCCCAUUCCUUUGAUAGCAGAUUUGUUUGAUCAACUUGGUAGAGCCAAGUGGUUCUCAAAGCUAGAUUUGAGGUCAGGAUAUCACCAAGUGAGAAUUGCCGAUGGUGAUGAACCUAAGACCACGUGUGUCACGAGGUAUGGAUCGUAUGAGUGGUUGGUAAUGCCUUUUGGCUUGACCAAUGCUCCUGCGACCUUCUGUACCUUGAUGAACGAGAUCUUUCGACCUUACCUUGAUCGGUUUGUAGUGGUCUACUUGGAUGACAUUGUUGUCUAUAGCAAUACUUUGGAGGAACAUGUAGAACACUUACGAACCGUGUUCAAGAUCUUGCGAGAGAAUAACCUAUAUGUGAAGAAGGAAAAAUGUUCCUUUGCAAGGGACGAAGUCCACUUCUUGGGACACAUCAUUAAAGAUGGAACUCUCUGCAUGGAUCAAGGAAAAGUGAAGGCUAUCAAAGAGUGGGAACCUCCAAACAAGUCAGGCAAGACUAAUGUGGUAGCAGAUGCGCUGAGUCGCAAGGCUAAAUUGGCGGCCAUUUCUAUGGUUGAAGGAGAUAUUAUGCACACCAUCAAGGAAGGGUUGCAUCACGAUCCAUUAGCCAAGAAGUUGGUGGAGUUGGCUAGAGAAGGUAAGACCAAAAGAUUUUGGCUAGAAAAUGACCUUCUCUACACUAAAGGGAGAAGACUAGACGUCCUUAAAUGGGAAAAUCUAAGAAGAAAAUUAGUGAAAGAAUGCCACGACACCAAGUGGGCUGGUCACCAAGGUCAGCGAAGGACCUUGGCACUCAUUGAAUCUUCUUAUUAUUGGCCUCAAAUGAGAGAUGAAGUAGAGAGUUAUGUGAAGACUUGUCUUGUGUGCCAACAAGAUAAGAUUGAAAACAAGACACCAAGCGGAUUGUUGGAACCUCUGCCUCCAUCAGAGCGACCGUGGGAAAGUGUCUCUCUAGAUUUCAUUUCUGCCUUACCGAAGUCUGAGGGGUUUGGAUCUAUUCUCGUGGUAGUGGAUCGAUUUUCGAAGUAUGCUACCUUUAUACCCGCCCCUACUGACUGCACUGCAGAGGAGGUAGCACGACUAUUCUUCAAGAAUGUGGUGAAAUAUUGGGGAUUGCCUAAGAGCAUCAUUAGUGAUCGAGAUCCACGCUUCACAGGACGACUAUGA